CAGACACCAGGUCUCCCUCCGGCGGGAGAAACCCCAGGAUYCGGCGGCGCCGCUCAGCUGCUUCGGGGGCGGGUUAGGAGGGCAGGGGGAUGGGGUGAUUCCCGGCUGCCGUCCUCUUCCCCAAGUCCCUUUCUCYUUUUCUCUCUCUCUCCUUUUGCUUGUCUGGGGGCUUGUGCURACGCUCUGCCAGGAGGGAUUUGGGAUCCAGCCGUCCCUCGGCUGCAUGGACUGGCUUCUCACCUGCUCACAGCCUCGAAGAAGUUCCCUCUCCAUCCCGGGCGCUGAGAGAGGAAAGGCAGGAGGUGGCUUGGAGCCACGGAGCCCCAGCCUCUGAGGGGCGGGCAGGGGUAUAAUAAGCUUUCAUUUUACAUUUCCCGAAGAUUUGGGGUCACACAUAGACCAUGAAUGGAUCCUUUUUCAACCAGACUCUCCUGGAGCAGGGAGCUGACCCCAACAGGACCCAGGGCUUGGGGAUGCUCRUGGCCUGCUGCAAUGGGACCAGCGCGGUGCUGGCAACCGGUGGUGGCUCCUCGGUGCUGGCACCUGACGAGAGGAGCCUUUUCAUCAGGGUGGUGCAGAUUGCUGUCCUCUGCGUCCUCUCCUUGACUGUGAUGUUUGGCAUCUUCUUUUUGGGCUGCAACUUGCUCAUCAAGUCAGAGAGCAUGAUUAACUUUCUGGUGAAGGACCGAAGACCUUCCAAGGACGUGGGUGCUGCAAUCAUGGGACUUUACUGAAGCCACCGGGCUCUUAUAGGCAAGUGAACUGUCUGGAGCUGGUGUUAAGAUGCACAUUCCCAUGUGUUUGGGGCAAAUGGGGGGGAGUGAGAAUGGGGGGAGGGGUCUUUUAGUCUGUCUGUGUCCAUGGGAAAGCAAAUCUGCUCUUCCCAGUCAACAAACUGUGGUGGUCAAUGGGGAAACCACCCCAGAGCUGUGUGAAGCACAAUAAAUGAGCAGCAUCGUGUUGCAUGCAGAAAUGGCUUAAGUUUUGCAUGAACCUUACAGAAACAGUGAUAAUGUGGAGAUCUGGACUCUUUCCUGCUGUUACCUUGGAUACCGCUACCUGGGAUUUAGGUCUAAAAAAAAAAAAAA